AUGACAUCUGGUGUUAAUUCUUUUGUCGAUCCUUCGGUAUGUUCUUGUUUUCCUGGUUCAUAUCAAUAUACUAUCUGUAACAAAAUUAAAUGGUCGACUUUAUCUAUUUACACCGCAUUACUAAUUAUUAUUGUUUAUCUAAGUAGUGGAUUGUAUGCUUUGAUUGAUGUAACAACAAUGUUAUCGACAGAAUUACAUGAUGGUAAAGAUUAUACAAUUUUAUGGCUAAUAGAAUCUUCUUCAUUAAUGACUAUUUUGGGUUCGAUAUCAGUAUUGAUCUAUUUUACUGUUGUUAUUUUUAUUACUGUUCUUCUUUGUGGCAUUCAAUUAGGAAAACCAUGGUUGCUACUUCUUUGGUCAUUAACAAUGAUUUUUAUGUUACUUGCUGAUGGUAGUGUGACUGUACUUUCUCUACGAGAACAUCAACAACAGAAUUAUCGACCAAUAAAUCAAAUUAAAAUUCUUUUUUUUGUUAUGAUUGUUCGUCUUAUUGUUGCGUUAUGUGGAAUUUUCGUGACUAUCUUUCAUUUUCGUCGUUUAUAUAAAGCUCAAUCAGAACACAUAAAUCGACAAAGAAUGUUAGACCGUUAUAAUUCUGAAUGUUCUUCACUAUCGUAUUAUGGUUCAUGGGCACAUUCUGCUACUUUUUUAAAUCCAUCCAAAGAAAGCAAUGAUGAUCAUUAUACAUCAGAUUUUCCUCUAUCAAUUCCAUUACCAAGAGCUAAAUUUGUUUCUCUUCAACAUCAUUCAACCUCAACAACGCUCCAUGCACAUAAUCAACACUCAGAACAUACUACACAAUCUAAUCAACGAGCAAUCAAAAGAUAUGCUGAUGAUUUUCGAUAUAAUGUACCAUUACAAGAAAGAUUUCAUCAACAACAGAAAAAAGAUGUACAAAAAUUUUAG